GCCUAUUUAUAUCUAGUAAAAAGUAACAUUCUUCCACAGCUUUGGGUUGUUGCAGCGAUAACCAUCAACAGGAAUCAAAACCCCGUUUUUCAGUUCAAAUUCUGUAUGUCCAAGUUUAUUGUUUUUCGUCAAGAUAUUCAUCUGAGUCAUUUCGACGCGCACACUUACGCCUCGUCCUAGGCUGGGAAGACAGUUGAACGCAACCGACGGGAGCAUGAAAGGGAUUCUGUGAAUUCUCCGAGCCAGGCAUGUUUUAUCCAUCUCUCAGGUCUGCUUGAAUUUGGCUGUGGCUCGGGCAUCCUUAUGUAGGCUACACCUUACCGACAGCGAGGAUCUAAAGGGUCGUGAGGGCAGCCACUUCAAAGACAGACAGACUUCUCUGUGAUGGGAGCUAUUUAAUGAAUGAUUCAUUAUCCACGUUUGCCCUUGGAUUCGAACGAGACACGCUUACUGUAGUUUGUGCUCUUUAUAUGUCUCCCUUAAUGCAAGCUGCCACUCGCGCGGAAUUGGAAACGGAGUGAAUUUACAGCAAAAAAGGAUGUUCCGUGUUUGUACGAUCUGCUCCGUGUUUGAUUCUUGCGCGUUCUAAUUUACUGUAGGAUCACUGCCUCUGAUCAUAGAACCCCCACGGCGACCAUUCAGUAAGUUGCAGUUUUUCAGAUCUUCCGCUGCUUUGCCCCUUAACUCUUUCGACUCCGCAUACGCACCAAAAAAGCAACAUAAAUGGGAAAAUAAUUCGUGCCAUUUAUAUGGUAUCUUAUGGUUCUGCAUAGGGAUUUCAUGAUUUCCACUGAACUAAUGUAAAGCGGAGGUUUUCCUUCACCGGCUUGUGUACGUGUGGAUGAAGCCGUGACGAACAGGUUGGUGCCGACUGCCAGAAACUUCGGAAAAGAUGUACAAAGAUGUCCUUCCUGCCACGUCUUCUCUGUCUUGGACCUUUUAAAUUGUCCUACAAACUCCGGGGGAUGCCGCUGGCAAAACCUAAAAAAACUUCAUCAAAGAUCAAUCGAUACAUAAUCAAUAUAAUAUAAAACAACCUUCUGACCAUAUUGUGUUUUAAUUCGUUUCAACAGCCCGCGCCAUUGACUCUUGUAUCGCGAAAAAGCCAGGCAAUCUCGUUGCUGGUUGUUGAUGGCACUACGCACCGGGAGGACUUGGUUUGGGCAGGUCUUGCGCAGAGUCUCUCGGCUGCAGGGCACCUGGUCCCGGCGAUCGAGCAGUCUCUUGUGUCUCUCUUCGAACCAGGAACAGGAUCUGGGAACGUGUGACAGGGACCACAGCCGUCCCCGUUGCUCUGGCAUUCAUCGCACCCACCAUCACCAGCACCACAAUAUCUGCCCCCCUGUUUCCGACCGCUGCCAGAGCUUUCCCAACUGCUGCGCCUUCUUGGAGAAUCCGAGGGGACAUGAACCCCUCACUCGCCGGUUCCUGGUGGCCAUGAAGCGGCAGAACGUGCGGACCCUGUCCCUGAUUAUCUGCACGUUCACCUAUCUCCUGGUCGGGGCGGCGGUGUUCGAUGCUCUGGAAUCGGAUUUCGAAAUGAGGGAGAAAGAGCAACUCGAGGCCGAGGAGAAACGACUCCAGGGGAAAUAUAACAUAAGCGAGGACGACUAUCGCAAACUGGAGACUAUCAUCAUGGAGGCCGAGCCCCACAGAGCCGGGGUUCAGUGGAAAUUUGCAGGCUCCUUUUACUUUGCAAUUACAGUCAUCACCACUAUAGGUUACGGGCACGCGGCCCCAGGGACGGACGCCGGGAAGGCCUUCUGCAUGUUCUACGCGGUGCUGGGCAUCCCCCUGACGCUGGUGAUGUUCCAGAGCCUGGGCGAGCGCAUGAACACCUUCGUCAAGUACCUCCUGAAGCGCAUCAAGAAGUGCUGCGGCAUGCGCAUCACCGACGUCUCCAUGGAGAACAUGGUGACCGUAGGCUUCUUCUCCUGCAUCGGCACCCUGUGCAUUGGGGCUGCGGCCUUCUCGCACUACGAGGACUGGAGCUUCUUCCAGUCCUACUACUACUGCUUCAUUACAUUGACUACCAUAGGGUUCGGAGACUUCGUGGCCCUGCAAAAGAACCGGGCCCUGCAGAGAAAGCCCCUGUAUGUGGCCUUCAGCUUCAUGUACAUCCUGGUGGGCCUGACCGUGAUCGGGGCCUUCCUCAACCUGGUCGUCCUCCGAUUCCUGACUAUGAACAGCGAGGACGAACGCCGGGACGCCGAGGAGCGGGCGUCGCUGGCGGGCAACCGGAACAGCAUGAUCAUCCACCUGCAGGAGGACUCCGGGCACGGGCGGCCGCGCUACAAGGCGGAGGUGACGGACCUGCAGUCCGUCUGCUCCUGCAUGUGCUACCGCUCGCACGAGUUCACCAGCCGCGUGGCCUCACACCAGAACUCCUUCAGCUCGCAGCUGAACCCCCAGUACUUUCACUCCGUCUCCUACAAGAUCGAGGAAAUCUCGCCCAGCACCCUGAAGAACAGCUUCUUCCCCUCGCCUGUCAGCUCUGUGUCGCCUGGCCUCCACAGCUUCACGGACAACCACCGGCUAAUGAAACGGAGGAAAUCCAUCUGAACCGACGGCGCCGUCGAGCUUUCAUAUUCUCUGUUUCCAAAAUGCUGCUC